CGCACCUUUUUUCUUUUGUGUUAUAUUUUUUAGACAAUAUGGUGCGUUUGGAAGGUAUUUUUGUGCUGGUUUGUGCAAUUUUAGUUGCCAGGGUGGACUGCAAGAAAACAUUUGGAGAUAUGUUUCGUCACAAGCAAAAGGAUCCUUUUCCAUUCCUGAUUUCCGGGUGGGACCAGGACACCAAUCCGUGGGACGAAUUGCUGUAUCCCCCGUUCAAACAAGAGACCAAGCAUAGAUACGGUAAGCCUCACGUGCGCCUCACGAGCAACAGCCCCGCAAUGAAUGGCUCGUGCUUGACGUUUACAGCCAAGCUAGAAUUUCCUAGGUGCCAAAAAAAGGACUCCAGUGGCAACCUUGUGUAUGACGAGUACUGUGUAAACGCAGAUGGGCAGUUGCUUUCUGGAUACGUGUAUAACUGGAUGUCCUGGCUGGAUGAUUAUGGGUUUGGAAGGUGUACAGAUUUGAAGCGCUGCAAUGUAUUCCCUGAUGGAAAGCCAUUUCCCCAGCACAGUGACUGGAGGCGCAGAGAUUAUGUCUAUGUAUGGCACACUAUGGGUCAAUAUUUUGAGACAUGUGAUGGCUCUUCCUCUAGUCUGACACUCAGCACCACUAACUGGGCAUUUGGAGCUGGGGUGAUGGAGGUUAUGGUGUACCACAAGAGUGAAUGGAGAAAGUAUUUCCCCUUCUCCACUGACAGCACAGUGUUCAUCAUCACAGAUCACAUCCCAUUGUUUGUGAAUAUUUCCCAGAAGGAAGCAGAGAACAUCACUGAGAAAAAUGUUUUUAUAAAGGGAUAUGACAUCAUCUUUAAAGUUCAGAUUCACGAUCCCAGCAGCUACCUGAGGACAGCAGACACAGUUGAUUUUAUUUGGACUUUUGGGGAUGGAAACCAGCUGGUCACACAUAGUAACAUAGCAACCCAUGCCUAUGGGACACUUGGCAACAUCACAGUGAAGCUGAUCGUGAAGGCAGCUUUCCGCACCAAAUGUCCUCCACCAACUCCUCCACCCACACAUUUUAGUCUACCGUAUACAGUGACCACACCCCCACUAAGUACUCCUUUAGCCAGUCCCAAAGAAGAGACCACUGAGGUUAUCACCUCUCCAUCUCCCUCUACUGAGCUCUCCCCUACAUAUCCAGAGAUGACUACUAACAUGACUCUGAAUGGGACUAUGACCACUGACUCAGGGGUCGGCUCCUCCAACAUGGUGCAACACAUACACAUCACAGAAUCUGAGUGUUUCUGCGACAUGUAUGGAACCUUUGAAGACCAGAUUGUCAUAAUUGAAGCCCCUUCUUCUUUUCACCACAUGCUGCCAAAUCAAAUUGUGGAAGUGUCUGCUGUGAAGGUGACGAACGCUACUGUGAACAUUGUAGUUACAUGUUUAGACAGUCUCCUUUCUUCAGUAUGUACCACUAUGGCUGACUCUACCUGUCGCCAGGUGAUGAGCAUCAUGUGUGAUGAUGUGAAUUCACCUGAUGAAGGUUGCCACGUUAGCCUGAAAUGCACGUUCCAUGAGCCAGGAACCUACUGUGUCAACAUCACUUUGGGGUUGCCUGGUGGAUUGGCAUUCACUACCACUACUGUAACUAUUGGCAACAUCUCUGGCAAUGGUUCAACUAGACUGGCUAUGACAAUGCUGGCUUGUGGUGCUGUGCUACUUGUCAUCUUUGCCUUCAUCACAUUCUUUGUAUACAAACGCUACAAGGUUUAUCGUCUGGCAAGGCGCCCUAGGCUGGAAGACACCAAUGGAGACGACCUGGUCAGGAGUCCCCUGAGUAGGCUCAGGGUGCUGCUGUUCCCAGUCAAUGAGGAACAAAGCCAUCUGUUGACUAACAGACACUUGUGAACUUAAUAUAUUACCUGAAGACCACUUUGUGGAUUCUUGAAGUUUUCUACAUGUAUUCUAGCAUUCUCAAAACAGCAAAACGCACUAUCAAUAAUUUGGAAAUAUGUAAAUGCAGUAUUUUCAAAGCAAAACUUUCCCCAAAACUAGAGGUAGAUUUAACUUUUAAACUGUAAUAUGAAUGCUAGUCUGAAGCAAUGAAGGUUACAAUAUUGCUUUCAGCAGAUCUUUGUCAUGUUUUGAAGGGCUCUAUAUUCGUCUAAACAUUUCCUACCAAGCUUUUUUCUUGAUUUAAUGUAAUUAACAGUUCUAAAUAUAUUAACCUCCAAGUGAAAAUGGCCAAAACAAUUUUGGAAACUUUUUGUAUGCAUGUUAUUUUAUAAAGGUCUCCCGCAAUCUAGUUUCAAUUAUAAAUUUAAAUGUGACCAAGAC